AUGGCUCAGGAGAGUGAUGAUGAGGAGAAGGAGGAGCGAUUCAGGGAGGAAAAGGCCAAAUCUCCAGCGUUCGGCUGCCGAGCGCUGGAAGUCGGGCUUAUCGCCAGCUCCGCACCGCUGCUGUGUGAGACUGAACCACCGACCUUUGGUCGCAGCGCUCAGCACACCCACCCCGACGGUCACAUCCACCAAGACCAGCACCAUGAAGCCAAGUCCAGACACGUCUGCCAGGCAGAGCCUGAACGUGAGGGAGAUUAUAACGACGGCAGUUCGUCAGACCAGGAUAACGAGUCUCGGCGUAGCACAUUCCUCUUGACACGCGACGGUGCCACUCGCACGCUCGUCCGCCGCUCCCCAGAGCAAAACAACACAUCGUGGAGACUCCAGUCCUGCCAGGAGUGUACCUGCUAUGGUGAGAUAGCCAUCUGCCGGCCCACACACUGCACCAACCCACAGUGUGACUUCCACCGGGGCGAGAGACUGAGAAUCCCUGCCGGCCGGUGCUGUCCGGAGUGUGUGUCUCCCUCCCAGGGCUCCUGUCAGUACCAAGGAAUUGUUUAUGGAGACGACAGCCAGUGGGGUCCCACCCAGUGCUCGGUCUGUGUGUGUUCAGGGGGGACGGUGUCCUGCUCCGCUCACCCCUGCCCGCCCAUUCACUGCCCCGCAGACCAAAGCCCCUUCACCCCGGAUGGGGAGUGUUGCCCCAAGUGUGCGCGCCAUGGGGAGUCCUGUAGCUGGCAUGGCGAGGUGUACAGGGAUGGAGAAGAGUGGCGGUCCGGUUUGUGUUCCAGGUGUGUGUGUGCCAACGGGAACGUCCAGUGUUCUGCCGUGGAGUGUCAACCAGUGGCCUGCAAACCCAAUGAGAACUUGGUGAUCCAGCCUGGGCAGUGCUGUCCACAGUGUGUCUCUAACCCCUGUCUGUCUGCUGGAAAACAAUACCAGCACGGUGAGCAGUGGCAGAAGACUGCCUGCACCACGUGUGUGUGUGACCGGGGUCAAUCACGAUGUCAUACACACACAUGUCUCCCCAUCACCUGCGACAAGGGCCAGACCAGAGUGAAGCAGGCCGGCCAGUGUUGCGAGCGGUGUGCCGCCGCUAAGGGCAGCUGUCCUUACGAGGGCGUCCUGCGUUACCACGGAGACAUGUGGAACGCCACCGGCUGCGAGUUCUGCACCUGCAACAAGGGCCAGGUCCUCUGCCAGACGGCCGAGUGCGGCCACGUCGAGUGCCCACAGGGAGAGGAGCUGGCUCGCCUGCCGGGGAAAUGCUGUGCAGAGUGUCUGUCCACGACGCCCGUGUCCUGUGUGCAUCACACACACUCCUACAAGAACUUGGAGCGGUGGAGUGACGGUGUGUGCAGGCAGUGUGAGUGUCGUGAUGCUCGGGUGACUUGCUACAUGCCUUCCUGUCCCACCUGCCCGCUGGGCAGCCUGGCCAUGCCCCAGGAGGGGCAGUGCUGCCCCGAGUGUCGGCAGGUCCAGUGCCACGGGGACUGUCUGACUUGUUCCGGGCGUCCGGAUCACUGUGAUAUCUGCAAGGAACACAAGGCCGUCCUGCAUAAUGGACGCUGUCUGUCCGUCUGUCCACCCGGACACUACCCGGACGGACGGGUGUGUGCAGCCUGUCACUCAUCCUGUGCCACCUGUGUUAAUGGCUGGGCGUGUCAGUCUUGCAGAGGGUCCCGCCUCCUGGAUGCUGAAAGUGGGCGGUGCCUGGAGGCCUGUCCGCCGGGGUCCUACCAACACGACCGCGCACACUGCCGCCGAUGUCACCAGUCCUGCUCCAAGUGCCACGGGCCGGGCCGGGCGGAGUGUGAGGCGUGUCUGGACCCAGCUGCCUUGCUCAAGGGCGGGAUGUGUGUUGCCGACUGUGGGGCGGGGUACUACAGCGCGGAGCGCGUCUGUCAUGCCUGCGACUCCGCGUGCGACUCCUGUUUUCCCGACAAUCCAAAGUGCAUGAGCUGCCCGCAUGGAACCGCAUUGCAUCAUGGGAAGUGUAUCACCCAAUGUCCAGACCACCACUACCGAGACAACCACGGCCGAUGUGGAGUUUGUCACAGCUCCUGCGCCUCCUGCUGGGGGCCUUCGGUUACUCAGUGCACCCUGUGCCAUGGGGCCCUCGCCCUGCACCAGGGCCAGUGUGUGGACACCUGCGGAGACGGACUGUUCCCGCUGGACAACGCCUGCCACAACUGCCACCCGUCCUGUCGUUCCUGCGUGGGUCCUCUAGCGUCUGACUGUCUGCGCUGUCUGAAGCCGGAGGAGGUCCUCCACCUGCAGGCCAGCCACCUCCUCCAUGGCGUGUGCACCUCCGGAUGUCCCAUGCACACUUUCCUGGAUGGGACACGCACGUGUCGAGACUGCCAUCCCUCCUGCACGCACUGUGUGGGAGGAAGUGUGGAGAACUGCACUUCCUGUCGCUCGCCCUUCACGCUGCAUGAGGGACUCUGCAUUCCGGCAUGUCCACAUGGCUUCUAUAUCCAGGACAACACCUGCCGAGAGUGUCACCCGUCCUGUGGCAGUUGCUCUGGUUCCUCCCAGGCUGACUGUCUCUCCUGUCCUCCUCGGGUCUCGCUCCACAGCGGCCACUGCAGUACACACUGCUCCGAAGGAGAGUUCCUCCACCCCGCCACCGGAGACUGCCACAGGUGCAGUAGAGACUGCCAGCGGUGCACGGCGGACCUGCAGACGGGCAUCGGCAGCGUGUGUCUGUGGUGUGAGACGUCAACGAUGUGGCUGCUCGGGGAUCACUGCGUCCCCAACUGUCCACGGGAGUACUACGCCUGGCACGGAGCCUGUAGAAGAUGCCAUUCAUCGUGUGAGUCCUGCAACGGGGAGGGCCCUCUCUCUUGUACUUCCUGUCCCGGCCACAGUGUUCUGUUACCCUCGGGGCUCUGCGCUCCGGUCUGCCCCUUAGGAUACUAUGAAGAUGGUCACAGGGUCUGUCAGGCGUGCGACAGCCAGUGCCUGACGUGCGACUCAGCAGGAGUGUGCACAUCCUGCCGUGACCCCACCAAAGUGCUGCUUUUUGGGGAAUGCCAGUACGAUACCUGUGCCCACCAGUAUUAUCUCAACAGCACCACCCGCGCCUGUAGAGAGUGCGACUGGAGCUGCAACUCCUGCAGAGGUCCCCUGAGGAGCGACUGUCUUCAGUGCAUGGAGGGACACGUCCUGCAGGAGGGACUCUGCUCCCACGGCUGCUCCCCGGGCUCCUACCAGGAUGGAGACCGGUGCCUUGGUUGUGAUGAGCACUGUGAGGAGUGCCGGGGCCCCGGGCAGUGCCAGCGAUGCCGGCCCCCCUACGCCCCAUCCUGCAGGGCCAGUGUGUGCCGAGUGCUGUGGAGGAACCACUUCCUGGAUUCCUCCUCUCAAGUCUGCAGACCGUGCUCCUCAGACUGUGUGUUGUGUGAAGGAGUCGGCGUCUGCACCGCCUGCCGGGAUAACGCCUUCCUCAUGAAGGGAUACUGCACGCCGGAUUGUGGACAGGGCUACUAUCCCGACCGGAAGAGCCGGACCUGCCACGUUGGGGAGGGUUUCGGUGCUGACCUGUUUGAGGGACAAAAGACGCCCAGAGCCAUGGGUGAUUGCACACCAAAGCUGAGGUGUACUCAGCCCUGUAAUGAGCUGCUGAUGGAUGGCCUUUUUCCUGACAACGUGACUGCAGCGUUAGAAAACCUGUCCGGCGUGGUGGACGGGAGUCCAUUAAUACCGCGGGCCGCCGGUGGUGAAAGUCGGUUUGAGUCAGCUGUCCAGUCUCCUCGCGUGCUGUCGGUGCCGGUCACGUGGGUGAAGGAGGGGGGCGUGGUGCGCCUGGGCAAGAGAUACCUGCAGGCCGAGUACAAGGGAGCCGGGGCCGACGACAUUGUCUACACCAUCGUGUCCGCCAACGGGAGCCCUCAAUACGGCGAGGUGGUUCUGGUGCCCAUGCCUGCUGACGGCCCAGCCGAAGCCUGGCAACCUGACGCCGAUGGCUCCACUCCAACCAGCUCCUUCACCCAACAGGACGUCAAUGACGGCACGGUCUGGUACCGGCAUUCCGGCGCGGGGACGCACAGCGACAUGUUCCAGUUCCAGCUAUCCAGAGAGGGCGCCCCAGACACACUGAGCGACGCCCAGACCUUCACCAUCGGAGUCCUGCCUCAGGCUGCCGGCUUCCCUCAGCUGGCCCCCGACUGUGAACUACAGAUCACAGCCUUGGAGGACCGUGUCACAGAGAUAACACCUUCAGCUCUGUCCUUUGUCGACUCGGAGUCUCCCAGUGAGAAAGUCUAUUAUAACGUCACCAAGCCACUGCCACGUGGACAAGGCGCCAUUGAGCACAGGGACCGACCAUAUAAGGCAGUGCAACAUUUCACACAGGCUGAUGUCAACGAGGGCAAGAUCAUCUACCGACCCCCACAAGCCCCCUCCCAUCUGCAGGAGCUCUACCAGUACUCCUUCAUCGGUCUGCCCGAGUCGCUGAGCCUCUAUUUCACAGUGUCAGAUGGUGAGAACACCACACCAGAACUGGACUUUGCCAUCUUGCUUCUCUCAAACCACCAGCAACCUCCGGUCUUCCAGGUGCUGGACCCCCUGCUGGAGGUGGGGGUAGGGGGCCGAGCCGCCAUAGGCGGUCAGCAGCUGGCGGUGAGUGAUGCGGACACGGCUCCUGAUGAGUUGGAGUUUGAGGUGGUGGAGGCUCCUCGCCAUGGAACACUGCUCAGGACAGACAGAGAGACACACACACUGCUGAACGCCGGCGACAUCUUCACCUUCAGUGACGUCACCCGGAACAUUCUCCACUACCAGCACACCGACCUCUCCGCCCAGGAGGAUGCCAUCACCUUCUCCGUCAGCGACGGCAUUUCCAUGGCGACCACCGUGGUGCAGGUGGCGGUAGUUGGCGGUGGGGCUGACGGGCCGAAGCGGGACCCGGGGUCCACGCUGGCCCUGGAGGUGUCGGAGAAAAGCAGCACAGUGAUCCGACACUGGAACCUGGCCUUCACUGACGACGUCUCCCCAGAUGACCAGAUCCGGAUCCAGCUGGUUUCCGUGCCUAUGUACGGCAUCCUGACGAGGAGCCAGUCGCCACAGGAGCAGCAGGAGCUUAGGGAGUACUCCUCCUUCACCAUGGAAGACAUCGGCAAGCAGAGGAUUAGGUACAUCACUUCCUUUGAGACAGGAAGCCAGCCGGUCACAGACAUCUUCCACUUUGUCGUUUAUGAUGGUGACAACAAUCGCCUUGACAACCAGAUGUGUACCAUCACUAUCACCUCCACACCGAGACAGCCCCCCGUUGUCACUGUCCGCAGUGGCAUGAAGGUCCAUGAGGGAGGACGGGUCCAGCUGUCCACAAAUCACAUCAUCGUUUCAGACCUAGACACGCCCAAGAAAGACUUGAUGGUUUGGCUGAUCAGUCCUCCUAAAUAUGGUUUCAUCGAGAACACCGGGAGAGGGGGCUCAGUGGGCGGUUCCCAGAUCAUCUCGCCUGACAGGCCCUUCUCUGUGGAGGACCUGGUGUCUGACUACAUCUUCUACGUCCAGGACGACCGGCAGCGAGGCCGCUCCAAGCAGGACAUCUUCAGUUUCUACAUCAGCGACGGACACAGUCAGACGGAGGCCUUCAGUGUGGAAAUUGACAUCCAGGAGAGUAAGGAGGACCGGGAGCCCGUGGUGUCGGUCAGCAGCAUCCACGUGGAGGAGAACUCCGGAGUCGUCAUCACCAACUCCUCGCUCAGCGUCCACGACCAGGACACCCCUGAGAACGAGAUCCUCUUCACCGUCGUCCGAAAACCCUCCUACGGCAAACUCCGCAGACGCCAGUUUUACUCCCAGCCGCUAGAAAAUGGCCGGGUCCUCUUGCAGGGCUCCACCUUCACAUACCAGGACGUCCUGGACCGCCUGAUGGUCUACACCCCCGACCUGGUCAGCGGGGGCUCAGACGAACUGGGCUUCACCCUCACUGACGGCAUCCACACGCACACUGGCCGGCUGGAGUUCACCAUGGACGUCCGCCGCAGUGAGGGACCCCGCAUGACCGUCAACAGAGGACUGCAGCUCGCUGCCGGAUCUUCCUCUAAGAUUACCGAGCAGAAUCUGAAGGGGACAGAUAUGGACUCAGAUAACCUGAAGCUGAGAUACGUCCUGACCAAAGACCCCCCCGCUGGGAAACUCCAGUUGAACCAGAGAGGUCGACAGCAGAGGGUCUCCCUUAAAGGCUCCAUCCAGAGCUUCACUCAGGAGGAUGUCAACAAAGGUCUGGUGGAGUACAGCCACGAGAAGGGGGAGAAGGGAGGAAGUCUGUCUUUCAAGUUCAACUUGGUGGAUCCCGAAGGCAACAAACUGAUCGACCAGUCGUUCUUCAUCAGCGUACUGGAGGACCAUCUGCCUCCAUCGGUGGUGAUGAACAAAGGCCUGAUCCUGGAUGAGAACACGGCCAAGAAGCUGACCACCCUGCAGCUGUCGGCCAGUGACCAGGACAGUGAACCAGGAGAACUUCUCUACCGCAUCACCAAGCAGACCAGCCUGGGCCAUCUGGAGCACAUCACCAACCCAGGUACGAGGAUCAGCACCUUCACUCAGGCUGACCUGGCGUCACGCAGCAUCCAGUACGUCCACACCAGCGAAGAAGAAAAGCACGCCGACCAGUUUUCCUUCACCGUGUCUGACGGGGCAAACGAGGUCGCCCAGACGUUCUACAUCACCAUCAAGCCCGUGGAUGACUCCCUCCCACUCCUUCAGGUUCCUGGCAUGAGGGUACAGGAGGGAGUGAGGAAGACCAUCACAGAAUUUGAAUUGAAGGCCACAGAUGCCGACACCGAGGCAGAGUCCAUCGUCUUCACCAUCGUCCAGGUGCCGCGACACGGGACCAUUGAACGCACGAGCAAUGGGCAGCACUACCGGCAGACCAGCAGCUUCACCAUGGACGACAUCUACCAGAAUCGCGUCAGCUACAACCACGAUGGAUCCAACUCCCUCAAGGACCGCUUCACCUUCAGCGUGGCUGAUGGCACGAACCUGUUCUUCAUGGUGGAGGAAGGGGGCAAGGAGGUAGUGACGGCGGCUCCACAGAAGUUUAAGAUCGACAUUCUGCCGGUGGACGACGGCACGCCGCGGAUCGUCACCAACCUGGGACUCCAGUGGCUGGAGUACAUGGAUAACAAGGCCACCAACCUCAUCAGUAAGAAAGAGCUGCUGACGGUGGACCCAGACACGGAUGAUGGACAGCUGGUGUAUGAGGUCACCACCGCACCCAAACACGGCUUCCUGGAGAGCAAGCUCAAACCUGGCAACCCGGUCAGCACCUUCACACAAGCCGACAUAAACCUGGGUCUGAUCCGCUACGUGCUGCACCAGGAGAGCAUCCAGGAGACCACCGACAACUUCAAGUUCUCGGUGAAGGACAGCAAGCCCAACGUGGUCAGCGACAACGUCUUCCACAUCCAGUGGUCCCUCAUCAGCUUCCAGCACAAAAGCUACAACGUGAGUGAGAAGGCCGGCACGGUGGCGGUGACGGUGAAGAGAAGUGGGAACCUGAACCAGUACGCCGUGGUGCUGUGUCGCACCGAGCCGGACACAGCCACCUCCACCGCCAGCGUGGGCUCCCGACCCGGCCAGCAGGACUACGUGGAAUACGCCGGCCAGGUCCAGUUCGACGAGCGCGAGGAUACCAAGGUGUGCACCAUCGUCAUCAACGAUGACAAGGUGUUCGAGGGCGCCGAGAGCUUCCGCGUCGAACUGAGCAUGCCCGUGUACGCCCUGCUGGGCGGAGUCACACGCGCCACCGUUAACAUAAACGACACGGACGACGAACCCACGCUGCAGUUUGACAAGAAGACCUACCACGUCAACGAGAGCACCGGUCUCAUCCACGCUCCCAUCGAGAGGAAAGGGGACACCUCCAGCACGGUGUCCGCUCUCUGCUACACAGUGGCCAAGUCGGCGCAGGGCAGCAGCCUCCAUGCACUGGAGUCCGGCUCCGACUACAAGAGCCGCGGCAUGACGGGCGACAGCCGCGUCAUCUUCGGCCCUGGCGUCAGCAUGUCCACCUGCGACGUCAAGCUGAUCGACGACAGCGAGUACGAGCUGUCGGAGGAGUUUGAGCUGAUCCUGUCGGACGCCUCGGACAACGCCCGCAUGGGAGACGUGACGGUCGCCAAGGUCAUCAUCGACGGGCCCAACGACGCGUCGACAGUCUCUCUCGGGAACGCCACGUUCACGUUCAGCGAGGACGCGGGCACAAUCGAAAUCCCCGUUCUGCGUCAUGGCAGUGACCUUACCUCCGUGACAUCCGUGUGGUGUGCGACCCGACCCUCGGACCCCCUGUCGGCCAGCCCGGGGGUCGACUACAUCCCCAGCUCCAAGAAGGUGGAGUUCAAACCGGGGAAAACGGAGGAGACAUGCAGUCUGACCAUUAUGGAUGACAUCCAGAACCCAGCCAUCGAGGGUCCUGAGUCCUUUGUAGUCUUCCUCAGUUCGCCCCAGGGUGCCGUCCUCCAGGAGCCCUAUGAGGCCAACGUGGUCAUUACAGACACCUUCCAGGACAUUCCCAGUAUGCAGUUUGAGAAGAGUGCAUACACGGUGAAGGAGAAGGAAGGGGUUCUUCACAUCCCUGUCAUCCGUAGCGGCGACCUGUCCUUCAGAUCCUCGGUUCGCUGCUUCACACGCACCAUGACCGCCAUGGUGAUGGAUGACUUCGAGGAGAGGAGGAACGCCGAUGAGUCACGCAUCACCUUCCUCAAGGGGGAGAAGGUGAAGAACUGCACGGUCCACGUCAACGACGACUCUGUUUUCGAGCCUGAGGAAGAGUUCCAGGUGCAUCUUGGGACGCCACAGGGUGACCACUGGAGUGGCGCCAUGGUGGGGAUGAGUGACAUUGUCACAAUCACCAUCACCAACGAUGAGGAUGCCCCGACCAUUGAGUUUGAGCAGGCGUCCUACCAGGUCAGAGAACCCCCCGGUCCAGAUGGCAUCGAGGUUCUGAACAUCAAGGUGAUCCGCCGGGGCGAUCUGGACCGCACCUCCAAGAUCCGCUGUAGCACCCGGGAUGGAUCGGCUCAGUCCGGGGUGGACUACAACCCCAACAGCCGUGUGCUCAAAUUCACCCCUGGGAUGGACCACCUCCUGUUCAAAGUGGAAAUUCUGUCCAACGAGGACAGGGAGUGGCAUGAAUCGUUCUCACUGGUCCUCGGCCCCGAUGACCCCGUGGAGGCGGUGCUCGGGGAGAUAACCACGGCGACGGUUACGAUUCUGGACCAGGAAGCGGCAGGCAGCCUCAUCCUCCCCGCCCCGCCCAUUGUAGUCUCCCUGUCUGACUAUGAUCACGUCCAGGAGGUGACCAAGGAAGGCAGUAAGAAGACGCCGUCGCCGGGAUACCCCCUGGUGUGCGUCACCCCCUGCGACCCCCACUACCCCAAGUACACCGUGAUGAGGGAGCGCUGCGAGGAGGCGGGCAUCAACCAGACCCAGGUCCACUUCUCCUGGGAGGUGGCGACGCCAACCGACACCAGCGGAGCCCGCUCGCCCUUCGAGACGGUCACGGAUACCACCCCCUACACCAGCGUUAACCACAAGGUCCUGGACAGUAUUUAUUUCAGUCGGCGGUUCCACGUGCGCUGUGUGGCCCAGGCGCGGGACAAGGCGGGCCACCCGGGCACGCCACUGAGGAGCAACAUCGCCACCAUCGGCACCGAGGGCUCCAUCUGCCACACCCCGGUUACCACAGGAACGGCCAGGGGCUUCCAGGCCCAGUCUUUCAUCGCCACGCUCAAAUACCUGGACGUCAAGCACAAGGAGCACCCCAACCGCAUCCAUAUCUCAGUGCAGAUCCCGCAUCAGGAUGGCAUGCUCCCCCUGGUGUCCACCAUGCCUCUCCACAACCUGCACUUCCUGUUGUCAGAAUCCAUCUACCGCCAGCAACACGUUUGCUCCAACCUGGUCACGCUGAAAGACUUGCAGGGCCUCUCUGAGACGGGUUUCCUGGACGACGUUUCCUACGACAGCAUCUCUCUGGGCCCGGGCUAUGACCGGCCGUACCAGUUCAACCCCAACGUGCGUGAGGCUAAGAGCAUCCAGCUGUACAAGCACCUCAACCUCAAGAGCUGCAUCUGGACCUUUGACGCCUUCUACGACAUGACUGAGCUCAUCGAUGUCUGCGGGGGCUCCGUCACAGCCGACUUCCAGGUGAGGGACUCGGCGCAGUCCUUCCUGACGGUGCAGGUUCCUCUCUACGUGUCCUACAUCUACGUGACGGCGCCGCGGGGCUGGGCGUCGCUGGAGCACCACACUGAAAUGGAGUUCUCCUUCUUCUACGACACUGUGCUCUGGAGGACAGGCAUCCAGACGGACAGCGUGCUCUCCGCCCGGCUGCAGAUCAUCCGGAUCUACAUCAGAGAGGACGGACGACUGGUCAUUGAGUUCAAAACCCAUGCCAAAUUCAGAGGUCAGUUCGUCCCCGAGCACCACACCCUCCCAGGCCACAAGUCCCACCUGAUGGCCCCCGACCACCUGGGGGGCAUCGAGUUUGACCUGCAGUUGCUGUGGAGUGCCCAGACGUUCGACUCUCCAUACCAGUUAUGGAGGGCCACCAGCUCCUACAGCAGGAAGGAUUAUUCUGGAGAGUACACAGUCUUCCUUAUCCCCUGCACUGUGCAGCCCACCCAGCCCUGGAUCGACCCGGGAGACAAGCCGCUGUCCUGCACCGCCCACGCUCCAGAGAAGUUCCUGGUUCCCAUAGCCUUCCAGCAGACCAACCGGCCGGUGCCGGUGGUCUACUCCCUCAACACGGAGUUCCAGUUGUGUAACAACGAGAAGGUUUUUAUGAUGGACCCAGCCAUCACUGAUGUCUCCAUGGCCGAGAUGGACUACAAAGGAGCCUUCUCUAUGGGUCAGACGCUGUACGGCAGGGUGCUGUGGAACCCCGAUCAGAAUCUGAAUGCGGCCUAUAAACUGCAGCUGGAGAAGGUGUACCUGUGCACAGGAAGGGAUGGAUACGUGCCCUUCUUCGACCCAACAGGAACACUUUACAAUGAGGGGGCACAAUAUGGCUGCAUCCAGCCCAAUAAGCACCUCAAACACCGAUUCCUCUUACUGGACCGCAAACAGCCGGACGUUUGCGACAGGUACUUCCAUGACGUUCCCUUCGAGGCGAGCUUCGCCUCCGAAAUCCCUGACCUGCAGUCCAUGACGGCCAUGCCUGGGGUGGAUGGCUUUACCAUGAAAGUUGAUGCCCUCUAUAAGGUAGAAGCAGGGCACCAAUGGUACCUGCAGGUGAUCUACAUCAUUGGUCCAGAGUCUCGGGCCAGCCCCAGGAUCCAACGCUCACUGAUCCACCAGUUGAGCAGCCGGUCCAGACGCGACCUGGUCGAUCGCAGCGGGCGGCUGAUCCUGGAUGAGUCACUCAUCUACGACAAUGAGGGCGACCAGGUAAAGAACGGUACCAACAUGAAGUCGCUCCGCCUGGAGGCGGCGGCCUCAGCCACCUUCAACCCACACAUGGGUAGCUCUGUGGGCGGGGGUGUGGCCGCCGUGACCCUGCUGGUCCUGGUGCUGCUGGCCUCCUGCUUCCUGGUCCGCCGGUGCCGUCGGUCGGGCAAAAAGAAGGGCAAGAAGUCAGUGGGGGCGUAUGAGGAGUACCCGCUCAACACCAAAGUGGAAGUGUGCAUGGACAAGUGCCUGGAAAAGAAGUUCAGCAGCAAGAACUGCACAGUGCGGAACAUCAACAUACUCAACCGCACAAAGGUCAGCAGCAAGCCCAAGGUCAAACAGUUUAAUCUGGAGGUCAAGCUCCGCAACAACCUCCAUGACGGCACUGAGGUCUAA